AUGCAGCCAGAGGAAAGAACAAAGAUAUCAAGAGAUAAAAGUAGUUCCGGCAGAGAGCGAGGUGAGAAGCGCAGCGCGGCCAUCUAUCCCGGGGCCCUCCAGGCACCCCGGCCUCAGGCCGGCGGGUGCACUGGGGGGCCCGGGGACAGGUCGCGGGCUCUGACCCGCAGAGACCCAGUGCCCUCGCCGCAGCCGUCCACCGGCCAGGCGCAGACUGUGAAGCAGCCGCGAGGCUCUCCCCACCCCCACCUUGGCGCCGAUGGCGGCGGCAUCUCUGAGCGCAGACCUCGCCGGCUGCCCGCUCCCCUGGCCCAACUCUGCGGGCCCUGCGCGCAGCCCCCGCCCAGCCAGCGGGCACGCGGCGCCUUUGGACGUCGGGUGUGGUGGGGCGAGAAGAAUGGCGGCCACUCAAAUGCCGCGGACGGCCGUUGGGGCCUCCGAGGGCCUGAGAAGGCGGGUCUGCGUGGACGCAAGCUCGACCACCCUUGGGCCUUGGAGCCCCACAGAUCUGGGCCCUGGGAUGACCUAUCCGUCCCCAUUGGACAAAACCUCACCUUCUCCGGAGAACAGUGGACAGAGGCCCUAACGGGCCCGGAAGGUGAGCGAAGCCCCGGGCGACGACGGGCGGAACGGCUAACGGGCCAUAGGCGGUUGGUCUUGGUUCUACCAGACGUUGACUUUGGGAGAUCGAAAUGGGAGAAUUACGUACCGCAUUUGGCCAAUAGGAAGACCACCCUUUGGGAAGAUUUACUGGCCGUUUUUAGAAGGCCUGUGUAUAUAAUAUGAAAAAGCUGCUCUCAACUUUACCCCCAACCUUUUAAAAGAAAACUUUUGCCACAUCUAGGCCUUCUAGAUGUAAAGAGGUUGCCGACAUAUGAUAAAGUAGAGUUAGAAAAAUCACACGUCUUGUAAAUGCCUAUUUGCUUUUUAAAAAAAUCAUAGAAAAGUAAUGUCUUUUGGAAAUGACUUUGGAAAUGGAAUAGUUAGACCACUUCUAGAAGCGACAUCAGGAGCGACACACGUCCACGUUUGUUCAGUGGGUAAGAGGACAUGAAGUAGACGACCUUGAGGAGGAAGAAAAGAAGGUUCUGUGCCAGACUGGUCAUAUUUAGAAGACAUUUUCAUAUAACCAUUGUUUUGUGUGUGCAUUUUGUUCCUCAACUACUGUAUAUAUAGUUGACAAUGCUAAGUACUUUUUUGAAAUAGCUAGUCUUUCUAGAUGUUCUGAAGUGCCUGAUACAUGUUAAAAAUAGAGGUAGUAAAAAGACAUUCUUGUAAAUAUCUUUUAACAUUCAUAUGAAAUGCUGUUUAAUUUGGGGGGAAUGGCCAAACCACCUCUUUGAAUAGUACACAUUGUGUUCGUGCACUGGUUCAAAGGAGGAGGGAGGAGAAGGAAGUGCAGAGAGCUCUGCCAGUGUGUUUAUAGUGAGGGAAGAUAAACCAUUGUCCUUUAUGUUCCUGCAUUUGGUUUUACUUAGCUGUGUAUGUAUAUAGUGUAUAUACUGGACAAAUGAGUCCUAAUUUUCAACAUCUAGUCUUUCUAGAUGUUAAAGAGGUUGCCAGUGUAUGACAAAAAUAGAAUUAGUAAACUAA